CUCUUUCCCAGGAUUACUCACUCUCGUGUUGUGUUUUUUUUUUUUUCCCUUCGGCGCCUGACGUGACGUACAUCACGUGACCGAGUCGGUAAUGGAUUCAAAGUGUGAUAAUAUCGCGCGUGGGCAAUAUUUUACUAUCAUGGACGAAUCUGCCCCAGAAGAUCAGAAAUCGGUACCUUCACUUAUGGAGGAAAAUCAGCAAGAGACCCCUUCAAACCAGGACGAUGGGUCAGAGCAGGGAGCCCUCAAGGACGAUGAAGAUGAAGACGUUCUGUCUGGUGGGGAGGCUGGAGUAUCAUCUAGAGGGGGACGAGACCCUGAAGUGACUGUGGAAAUUGGGGAGACUUACUUGUGCCGGAGAGCAGACAAUAGCUGGCAUUCUGCUGAAGUGAUCCAGUCGCGGUUGAACGAGCAGGAAGGACGAGAGGAGUUCUAUGUGCACUAUGUUGGAUUUAACAGGCGAUUGGAUGAAUGGGUGGACAAGAAUCGCCUGGCGCUGACAAAAACUGUAAAGGAUGCAGUUCAGAAAAACACAGAUCAGUACCUGAACGAACUUUCUGAGCAGCCAGAACGAAAGAUCACUCGGAAUCAGAAGCGGAAACACGAUGAGAUCAACCAUGUGCAAAAGACCUAUGCUGAGAUGGAUCCCACCACUGCGGCACUGGAGAAAGAGCAUGAAGCCAUCACAAAGGUCAAAUACGUAGACAAGAUUCACAUUGGUAAUUAUGAGAUCGAUGCCUGGUACUUUUCUCCGUUUCCAGAGGAUUAUGGCAAACAACCGAAGCUGUGGGUGUGCGAAUACUGCCUAAAGUACAUGAAGUUCGAGAAGAGUUAUCGUUACCACCUGGGUGUCUGUCAGUGGCGACAACCUCCUGGGAAAGAGAUCUACAGAAAGAGUAAUAUCUCUGUGUAUGAGGUGGAUGGGAAAGACCACAAAAUCUACUGCCAGAACCUGUGUCUCUUGGCCAAGCUCUUCCUAGACCAUAAAACACUCUAUUUUGACGUAGAACCAUUCGUGUUUUACAUCCUGACAGAGGUUGAUCGGCAAGGAGCCCAUAUUGUGGGAUAUUUUUCUAAGGAAAAGGAGUCUCCAGACGGGAACAAUGUAGCCUGUAUCCUAACACUUCCUCCGUAUCAGCGGCGCGGAUAUGGGAAGUUCCUCAUCGCAUUCAGUUAUGAGCUUUCAAAGCUGGAGAACACAGUGGGGUCACCAGAGAAGCCACUGUCUGACCUGGGAAAGCUGAGCUAUCGUAGCUACUGGUCCUGGGUCCUGCUGGAGAUACUGAGGGAUUUCAGAGGGACUCUCUCGAUUAAAGAUCUCAGUCAGAUGACGAGCAUCACUCAGAAUGACAUUAUCGGCACCCUCCAAUCUCUCAACAUGGUUAAAUACUGGAAGGGUCAGCAUGUUAUUUGUGUUACGCCCAAACUGGUGGAAGAGCAUCUCAAGAGUGCACAGUACAAAAAGCCGCCCAUCACAGUUGAUUCCCUUAACCUGAAGUGGACUCCCCCAAAACACAAGCUGCUGAAGGUACCCAAAAAAUGACUAAGCAUUCCCGUCACCAGCGACCAGAUUCCCAUCUUUGACACAGUGUUGUGAGGGCCGCAGACUGUUACCCACACCAUUCUCCUGCUGCACAAGUACAGCGCGAUACUCUGCAGACAGCAAUUUUAUAAAAACACAAUAUCUUGACUUCAACAGCUUCAGCUGAUAAGAUGUUUUAUUUUUCUGUUUUAAAGAAGAAGAUGCCAUCUUGCUCUGAGUUUAUUUGUAAAAUGUAUAGUAUUAUCUUGUUUAUAUAAAAUGUUUUCUAACAAA